AUGGGGCGUGGCGGCGGCGGACGCGGGGCGGGCAGCGCCUGGUCGGGGACCCCGAAUGGCCAGAGGGUUCCCCCGUGGAAGAGGAGCAGCAGUGGCAGUCGCCCUCCUCGCAACAGCUACGUGGUGUGUGACGGGUGCAGCAGAUGGCGUUACUGCAGGAAUAUCACCAGCAGGGGCGACCUCUGCAUCUGCGGCAAGAACCUCGCCUGCCUCGUCCCCGACGGUCAUGUCUUCCGUGACGACGAUGGUGGGUGGCUGGCAGCACAGCCCCAAGGAGGAACCUCGCCCAGGAUCAGCUGGGCAAAUGGUUGGCAGCCAGGUGGUGGUGCAGGCGGGAAAGGACAAGGAGGCCAACGCCAGCCACUACCUCACGACAAGACUGUCGACUUCAAGGCUGCCGCCGCAGCAGCUUACAGCAAGCUCAGCAAGGACGACCCGCCCAGGCAGCACUACGAGGCCCUCUGGCCUGAGCUCGCCGCAGCCAAGCCACCAGCAGACCAACCAGUCGUCGGAUUCAAGGCAGUGGAAGCAGCAGCACGACGCUUGGACAAACUCCAGAAGAAAGUACGAUCGGCUGGGGAGCAAGUCGAGAGUGCCCAGCAGUACUUGGCUGAGAGUGAACGCAAGCUUCGUGAAGCCAUGGAAGCCUCCAUUGCAGCCGAAGAAGAGUUCGACAAGCUCAAGGCCACAGUCGGCAAGCAAGAGGCCCCAGCUGAACCUGCAGCCGAGAAGCCAACUCUGGCAGCCCUCCUGGAGCAGUUCGAGCAUGAGCCUGACGACUUCCACAAGUGGUCCGAGCCCGACAAGGAGGUCUGGCGAGCAGCGAAGGCCAAGGGCGAGCGCAUGGCCCAGACGGUCAAGGAGCACGAGGAGGAGACGGCGAAGCACCUGCGACUACUGGAGGAAGAGACGGCCAGGCACCAGGAGCAGCUGCGCCAGCUCGAGCAGGCAAGCGAGUCUGCGCCGCCAGCCCAGCUCCUCAGCGAGGUGCCACCACUGGCACUGAGGCAGCAGGGACAGUCGCCGCGGCUGCGCUCACCGGCGCCGCAGCAGCUGCCCAACCAGAAGCAGCCGCAGCAGAACCUGACAAAGCAGAAGAACGCCGAGCCAGAGUGGAGGCCCACAUCCAGGAGGCGCGAGAGAAGGUCUCGCAGGCUAGGCGUGCCGAGACAGUCGUCGACGCAGAAGGGCAAGGUGACCACUCAGCAGGGUAGCCGCCCCAAGGCGAGCGCGAAGAAGGCUCGCCGCCCUUACCACAUCGACUUCUUCAACGUCACGACCUGGGGCCCCCAGGCACAGGGCUACCUCAUGGAGAUCAACAACACCAAGGACAGGGACAUCAUCGGCAUCGCAGAGCACCACCUCCGCCAGCCUGCGCAGAUAAGCAAGGCAAGAGCGGCGCUCAGGCGGAAUGGCAUGCACAGCUACUGGACCAAGGCACGGCCAGGAGAAGGAGAAGGCACACGAGGAGGCACGUGUGCCAUCGCGCGAGGAUCCUUGGACAUCCAGGACAGGAUCGCGGGUUUUGAUGAGCACUACCUGCACGAGGACGGCAGUGACGUCACGGUGGUGAUCUCCAACCUGCACAAGGUUCGUUUCGCAGUAGCUUUCGUCUACCUUGAGUGUGGGACGGGCUUUGGAGAGCGGAACGUCGACAUCCUCUGCGACCUGCGGGAGAAGAUGGCCGUCUGGGGAGGGCCCUGGGCAGCGCUUGGGGACUUCAACAUGACGCCGUCGGAGCUCAACAACAGCAUUUGGCCCAGGGUGCUGAAUGCUCAGGUAGCAGCGGCGGAGGAGGGCGCCCCCACAUGUUUCCCAGCAGAAGGUGAAGCCAGGUGCAUCGACUUCGCGCUGAUCUCGCAGGGCUUGGCGCCGUACUUCGACCAACUGGAGCUGCUCAGGACCGUGCCGUGGAAGCCGCACAUCGGCAUCCGCUUGAAGCUGAAGGGGCGACCUCUCAUGCUCAAGGGCAGGGUACUUCGCAGGCCAGCAGCCAUAAAGCCGCCAGUCACAGACGAGCAAAUGCCGAAGUCCAGAGCCGCUUGCAGACGAGCGGCGCGCGGAGGCCAGGAGGCCAUGCGCCGACGUCAGCAAGCGUCGGCAGAGGCAGGAUGCGACCAGGACGAGAAUGACAUGGAGCCAGUGCCGCAGCUGUACUACGACAAGGAGGUCCAGCACGUCAUCCCUGACGAGCUGUGGCAGGCCACCUCCGAGCGGGUCAGCGUGCGCGCCUACGACGAGUUGCCCCAGCACUUGCAGCACACAGUCGUCGGCAAGAUGAUGGAGCGGGACGUGCUGGACCUGGGGCAGCAGUACGACCGUUUCGCAGGCACCCUCGAGCUGAACCUGCGCGAGAGCAUCGGCAUCCCAGAGGAAGAGCGUGGACGACAUCUCGGGCACAGCCGGCCCCCGAUCUACAAGAGCGUGAGCAUCAAGGAUGAGGAGGACUACUUGGAGUACCGCCAGGAGAUCGCAGAUCAGGAGAACAGCGACGGGUACCACCAGCACAUCGAGGGGCAGCAGGACAGCCUCGAGUUCGGCCAGACCGUUCGACGCAGCACCAUGGACAUCCAAGACCACGACCCCUUCGAGGAUGAGGAGGACUACUUGGAGUAUCGCCAGGAGAUCGCAGAUCAGGAGGACUGCGACGGGUACCACCAGCACAUCGAGGGGCAGCAGGACAGCAUCGAUUACGGCCAGACCGUUCGCCCAGAGGCAGAGGAGCCACGUGAUAUGGGCCUGCCCCCACCAGACCUCUGGAAUGAUGACCAGUACCAGCGGGAGCGGGAAGACUACGUGGCCAUGAGAGACGACUUGGAGCGCUGGGCGGCCAUCUGGAUGAAUAACCUGGUGCAGCUCCCCACGGACAACAGCAACUGGAUGCAGAUCUGUGUGCCGUUCCUGGAGACCAUCUUGGGUGGCGGAGGCAACAAUGGCAUGGUGAGACUGCUCAGGCGUUGGUGCCAGCAGGCCGGCCUCAGCCACAUCAUCAGGGUCCGCACCCACAGCGGCCACCAGACGCAGCAGCAGAUCAACGCAAGACGGCAGCUCGCACAGCAGCAAGGUGCAGCCAAGGACCAGCAGCAGGCCCUCCUCACAGACCUGCACUCGAUAGCAGAGGGCGCGCUCGUGGACCCAGGGACGAUCAGAAGGGUAGCAGAGGAGGUAAAGAGCAUGGCCAAGCUACUCACAAAGGCGGUGAAGAAGGCGUACAUCCACUGGGUGCACGACGCCACGGCAGGCAGUGCGAAGAUGGCCCACGCCUACACCAAGGCAGCGGAGCGCAGCCACCUGGAGGACAUCCUUGAGCACGAGGGCCAGGUCAUCAACCACCCGCAGCAGCUGGUGGACUUGCGCAAAGAGGCAUGGCAACGCAGGUGGACACGAGAUGCACAGAAGGCCGAGAGGAUCCAAGAGGCGCUGGCCAAGCUGAGGCAGGCUGCCUUGGCCCAAGAGAAUGCCCUCGAGCCCAUCAGCAAGGACAUCAUCGGCUCCAUCAUCCAGCACCUGAAGCGCAAUGCUGGCCAAGGAGCGGACUGGUGGAGGGCUCCUGAGCUCAAGGCCAUGGGCGCCCAGGGGCUGGAAGACUUCGUGCAGUGCCUGACCAGCUGUGAGCAACGGGCAGCGUGGCCGUGGCAAUUAUACUUGGUGCUGGAGCUGCUGCUGGGCAAGAAGCCAGGAAUCGGCGGCGAGCGCCCCAUCGGCCUCAUGCCCAUGCCGUACCGCAUCUGGAGCGCAGCCAGGAGGCCCAUAGUAGCCACCUGGAGCAAGGCAGCGGCGGGCUUCUGGGACACGGCAGUAGCUGGCUCCUCAGCGCUACGAGUGGCAAUGCACAGACUGAUGAGGGCAGAAGCCACCACGGAGAUGGGCUUUCAUGCAGCAGGAGUUUUCUACGACGCGGCAAACUUCUACGACAACAUAGGCCUCGACCAGCUGAUCGAGAAGGCCAGCGACCUCCAAUACCCGUUGCUGCCGCUGGCAAUGGCCGUGCAGAUGUACCUUGCGCCCAUGGCCAUCAUGGCCCACAGCCUCUUCUCGGACAUCUUCGAGCCUGCCAACAGCAUGGUAGCCGGCUGUGGCCAAGCGGUCGACCUCACCAGACCGCUCUUGUAUGGCAUCCUGGAUGCGGCGCACAGGCACUACAUCUUCGUCGUCAUGCAGCAGUACCUGGACGACCUGGCCCUGCAGGUAGAGGGUGCGCGGCGGCAGGUCAUUGCCCAGAUCAAGUACGUGGCAGCGCUGGUGCACGAUGGAUUCAAGCGGCUCUCGAUACCCAUCUCCGUCAAGACGGCAGUGGUGGCCUCGGACAAGGACCUCCAGGCGGAAGUCGCCAGCAUCCUGGACAGCCUGGGCACUCCCACCAAGCAACCAGGUGUACGGCGCGACCUCGGCGUGGACACCAGCCUCGGCAAGCAGCUGCGGCGACCCACCCAUGCCGCGCGCCAGGCCAAGGCCAAGCAGAGGGUGGCCAAGCUCAAGGACCUAGCGAAGACGGACGCCAGAGGCGCGGCAAAGGUCUAUUCAGCAGGGGCCUACUGCCAGCAGGCCUGGGACUUACCAGCGCACGGCAUCACGCCCACGGAGGCGAAGUCGGUCAGGGCCACGGAGGCAGCGCUCCUCACAGGCGGACACAAGGCUGGACGCUGCACGUCCACCAUCCUCCUGAUCCAGAGGGGAAUGCAAGAGGCGGUAACCCGAGCCAUCGGCGACCAGAUCAAGCAGUUCUGGCUCACCAUAGUCGACCACCCGACGGAGCUCAAGAGGUACCAGAGAGGCUGGCUCCUGCUCUACGCCAAGCUGGACUCCAGCAGAGCGCGCAGCAGCAGCUCUGGCAGCAGGCAGCUGGCCAUCGCUGUGGAGAAGGACUUCAGGCAGGUGGCGACCUCUAUCAGCUGCAGCGCCACCUGA